GGAGAGGGGGAGGGGAUGUCGGUCAGUGCGAGAUCCGCUGCUGCUGAGGAGAGGAGCGUCAACAGCAGCACCAUGCAACAGAAGAACCUUGAAGGCUAUGUGGGAUUUGCCAAUCUCCCAAAUCAAGUAUACAGAAAAUCGGUGAAGAGAGGUUUUGAAUUCACGCUUAUGGUAGUGGGUGAAUCUGGAUUGGGAAAGUCGACAUUAAUCAACUCAUUAUUCCUCACAGAUUUGUAUUCUCCAGAGUAUCCAGGUCCUUCUCAUAGAAUUAAAAAGACUGUACAGGUGGAACAAUCCAAAGUUUUAAUCAAAGAAGGUGGUGUUCAGUUGCUGCUCACAAUAGUUGAUACCCCAGGAUUUGGAGAUGCAGUGGAUAAUAGUAAUUGCUGGCAGCCUGUUAUCGACUACAUUGGUAGUAAAUUUGAGGACUACCUAAAUGCAGAAUCACGAGUGAACAGACGUCAGAUGCCUGAUAACAGGGUGCAGUGUUGUUUAUACUUCAUUGCUCCUUCAGGACAUGGACUUAAACCAUUGGAUAUUGAGUUUAUGAAGCGUUUGCAUGAAAAAGUGAAUAUCAUCCCACUUAUUGCCAAAGCAGACACACUCACACCAGAGGAAUGCCAACAGUUUAAAAAACAGAUAAUGAAAGAAAUCCAAGAACAUAAAAUUAAAAUAUACGAAUUUCCAGAAACAGAUGAUGAAAAAGAAAAUAAACUUGUUAAAAAGAUAAAGGACCGUUUACCUCUUGCUGUGGUAGGUAGUAAUACUAUCAUUGAAGUUAAUGGCAAAAGGGUCAGAGGAAGGCAGUAUCCUUGGGGUGUUGCUGAAGUUGAAAAUGGUGAACAUUGUGAUUUUACAAUCCUAAGAAAUAUGUUGAUAAGAACACACAUGCAGGACUUGAAAGAUGUUACUAAUAAUGUCCACUAUAAGAACUACAGAAGCAGAAAACUUGCAGCUGUGACUUACAAUGGAGUUGAUAACAACAAGAAUAAAGGGCAGCUGAUUAAGAGCCCUCUGGCACAAAUGGAAGAAGAAAGAAGGGAGCAUGUAGCUAAAAUGAAGAAGAUGGAGAUGGAGACGGAGCAGGUGUUUGAGAUGAAGGUCAAAGAAAAAGUUCAAAAACUGAAGGACUCUGAAGCUGAGCUCCAGCGGCGCCAUGAGCAAAUGAAAAAGAGUUUGGAAGCACAGCACAAAGAAUUGGAGGAAAAACGUCGUCAGUUUGAGGAUGAGAAAGCAAACUGGGAAGCUCAACAACGUAUUUUAGAACAACAGAACUCUUCAAGAACCUUGGAAAAGAACAAGAAGAAAGGGAAGAUCUUUUAAACUCUCUAUUGACCACCAGUUAACGUAUUAGUUGCCAAUAUGCCAGCUUGGACAUCAGUGUUUGUUGGAUCCGUUUGACCAAUUUGCACCAGUUUUAUCCAUAAUGAUGGAUUUAACAGCAUGACAAAAAUUAUUUUUUUUUUGUUCUUGAUGGAGAUUAAGAUGCCUUGAAUUGUCUAGGGUGUUCUGUACUUAGAAAGUAAGAGCUCUAAGUACCUUUCCUACAUUUUCUUUUUUUAUUAAACAGACAUCUUCAGUUUAAUGCAAGAGAACAUUUUACUGUUGUACAAUCAUGUUCUGGUGGUUUGAUUGUUUACAGGAUAUUCCAAAAUAAAAGGACUCUGGAAGAUUUUCAUUGAGGAUAAAUUGCCAUAA